ACAAUGCAUGCUAUUUUGCUUUUUUCAAAUCCAAAUAGACGUGACCAACAAAAAUAUUCGUGAUAAUAAUACUGUAAAAGGGGCAUAACUCCUCAGAUAUUUCCUGAACUAAUUUCGAAAUUGCAAAAUCAAUAUAAAACAUUUACAAUUGACGCUGACAGUGCGUGAAUAGAAGCAGCAGAUACCAGCAGCAACAAUGAGCUAUCCAUACGGAGGAGGUGGAGGUUACCCAGCCCCAGGCGGUGGCUAUCCGGGUCAGACCCCUGGCUACCCAGGCGGAUAUCCCCAGCCAGGGGGCUCACCUUAUGGACAGCCCACGGUAGGUAUGCCUACCCCUGAGUCUGCCUCGGCGGCAGCAUAUGGGGCGCCUGGAGGGGGUUUGCCUUAUGGGACUGCGCCUCCUGGGGGUGCUCCAGGAAACCUUGGAUUUGGCGGAGUCCCUGCAGGGCCAGGCUAUCCUCAGGCAGGAGGGGGCUAUCAGCAACCAAACAUGGGAGGUUAUGGGGCUCCAGGAUAUAACCCUCCCAAUACAGGCUACAACCCACCAGCUGCAGGCUACAACCCACCAGCUGCAGGCUACAACCCACCAGCUGCUGGAUAUGGUCAACCUUACCCGGGGGCAGCCACAGGGUAUCAGCAGGCUGGCUACAAUCAGCCUGGUGCUCCACCCUCAACCAGUACCCCUGGGUACCCCCAACAGGGAUACAACCAGGCUGGUGCCAGCGCCCCUGGGUAUGGUCAGCCCAGUGCCCCUGGGUAUGGACAGCCCAGCGCCCCUGGGUAUGGACAGCCCAGUGCCCCCGGGUAUGGUCAGCCCAGUGCCCCUGCCUAUGCCCCAGGGGGCAUGUCCUACGCAAGCAAUGUUGUACCCGGUACCAAUGUGACAGCCCUAGGUGUAGGAGGUGCUCAUACGGGAUACAAAGUCAGGGAAGAUCCCACACUGCGACCAGCAGCCAACUUUAAUGCUGAAAAUGACGCCAAGAUACUCAGGAAGGCUAUGAAGGGCUUUGGAACUGACGAGAAAGCAAUCAUAGAUGUCCUUGCCUAUAGAACAAAUGCUCAACGGAUCCAGAUAAAAAAUAUGUACAAAACAUGCUUUGGAAAGGAUCUGGUAGCUGACUUGAAGAGUGAGCUUGGAGGACACUUUGAAGACGCUAUCAUAGCUCUCACUAUGACAGAGUCUGAGUAUGAUGCCUAUGAACUCAAGAGAGCCAUGAGGGGAAUAGGCACAGAUGAAGAUGCCAUGAUAGAGAUUCUCUGCUCUAGAAACAACAGACAGAUCCAGGAAAUUAACGCAGCAUAUCAGAGAAUGUAUCGCACCCGACUGGAGCAGGACAUUGUCAAUGACACCUCUGGGCACUUCAAAAGACUCAUGGUCUCUAUGUCAACUGGCAACAGAAUGGAGAAUCAGGCAGUGGACAUGAACAAGGCCAAUGCUGAUGCACAGAGCCUGUACCAGGCAGGUGAGAAGCGGUGGGGUACGGAUGAGUCAGCAUUCAAUGCCAUACUGGCCUCCCAGAGCUACGAGCAGCUACGCGCUGUGUUUGAUGCCUAUGGCAGGAUCUCUGGACGUCAAAUAGAGCAGGCAUUGAAGGGAGAGAUGUCAGGCAACCUGGAGAUUGGAAUGGUUGCAAUAGUUAAAUGUGUUAGAAGCAAGCCUGCAUAUUUUGCUGAAAAGCUGUACAAGUCUAUGAAGGGUGCUGGCACAGAUGACCGCACUCUGAUUCGUAUAAUCGUCACGCGGGCUGAGGUGGACAUGGUACAGAUCAAGCAGGAGUUCCAGAGACUGUACAACCAGCCCCUCGAGCAGUUCAUCCGGGGGGACAUUUCUGGUGACUAUCGUCUGGCCAUGUUGGCGUUGGUUGGGGGCGGGGGAUACUAGACACCACGCCUCUCAAUGGAGAUACAUCCGGUGACUACAGACGAACAUUGCUUGCCCUUGUCACUGGAUCAUAUAACUAUUAGAUGUCUGCAAUACUAUGCUGGAGUCCUACAUUAACCAAUACUGGGUUUGCUGAUUGGAGCUUGUUUGUCCUUUUUAUGAGUUUGGCUAAAAAGUGUGCAAGAAAAAGGAACUAUGGUUAUAUACUGCUUUAUUUGACAAAAAACAUUUAUAUCUCAAACUGAUGCUAUAAUUUAUUUAUCUUUUUGUAAUGUCUUAAAUUAAAUUUAAUGCAUGCAUUUAUGUCAUAUACAAUGUACAACCUUUUAUUAACAAGUUUAAUUGCGUUUUGCAAGAUACCUAUUGGUAUGAAAGCAAUAAAAGUGCUUGAGUGUGUUCUUGAAUUGUUGGAUUGUUUCCAUUAAUUUACACUUUAAUGUACUUUUAUAAUAUCAGUCAUAGUUUACUUGCAUAUCCAACUCUAUAUAAUUAGUCCUCAAGUGUUUAUCAAUAUAACUUGACCUGCUCUUCUUAAGUUUAUGGAAGUUGCAGGUCAAUGUAUUUCUUGUAUACAUGCUAACAUUCAGCUUCAUGUUAAAUAUUUAGUUUUAUGUGUUACACUAUUAUACAUGUUUGACUUUCUUAUUCUAAAUAUAUCCAUGCCACUACUAAGAAGUGGUUACUAUAGUGGCCAUAUUGUUAUACAGUAUAUAGUGCUAUCUUAUGCUAUGGUGUACACUUUAUUGACUUCCAAGUUACUCAUCAACAUAAUAGUUAAAGACAGUAUUCUGUCAGCUACUCAAUAUAAUUAACAUAACCCAGUUUUUUUUUAAAUCUUUUAAUUGCUGUGUGUUGUCUUGGAUGUUUCUGAUUUCUUACCAUUUAAUUGUAUGAAUGAUUUUGAAACUUGUUAAUCUUGUAUUCAUACCGGUACUUGGUCCAAAAAUUAACUUACAUCACAGCUAUUAUCUAUUUGUAUUAAAGUAGUGUGAGACCAACUUGAAGCACUGUUGAUUCUAUUUAAUACUUAAAUAUGCCUUGUAAGUGCCUAGAAAAUUAAUUACAUGUAUUAUUUAUACAUGUAUAUUGUUGCUUAGAAACACAGCAACUUGAAUAGCUAGUGACAAACAAGAUUAUGAGUUGUAGUUGCAAUGUUUGAUUGUUGUUGGUGUUGUCGUUCUCUUAAAUAUUUUUUAAACCCUUUAAUAUGUUUUUCAUUAUUCAACUUUUUAGUUUUCCUUAGCAGAAGCUAUUGUGUUCGGCAUCUGGCAUCCCUUGUCAUCAUUAUAACAGCAGCAUUUAUGACUUGAUUUUGAAGAAACUUUGUGAAAAUGUUAAUCUUGACAAUAUCUAGGCCUAUCUGGAAUCUGGGUCAAGUGUGUCUGAAAGUAAAGCCAUCAGGUCAAAUGCUAGAAAAACCUUGUAACUAUUCUGGAGGCCACAUUUAUGACUCAUUUGUGAUAAGACUUGGUAAGAAUGAUUAUCUUGAUAAUAUCUAGGCCAAGUUUGUUCAUUUGAGUUCAACAACUAGGUUACUAGUUUAAAAUGAAGCCACAAGUAGUACUCGGUCUCGAUUAAACUUGGGCACAAUACCUCAGCCAUGUGUGAAUCUAGGUCAAGUGGGGUCCUUGACAUUUGGAGUACCUUGACCUGAGUUGACCUAUUCAUGGCCAUCAUGUCAAUCUUGUUGUGUAUUAUAAGCCUAGAUAUGAAGCAAACGUAUUUCCUUUUUUAGCUCACCUGAGCACAACGUGCUCAUGGUGAGCUAUUGUGAUCGCCUUUUGUCCGUCGUGGGUCCGUCGUCAACAUUUGCCUUGUGAACACUCUAGAGGCCACAUUUAUUGUCAGAUCUUCAUGAAACUUGGUCAGAACAUUUGUCCCAAUGAUACCUUGACCGAGUUCGAAACUGGGUUAAUGCUGGGUCAAAAACUAGGUCACUAGGUAAAAAAAACAAAAAACCUUGUGAACACUGUAGAAGUCAUAUUUUAUGCCCAAUCUUCAUGUUACUUUGUCAAAAUGUUUGUCUUAAUGAUAUGUUGGUUGAGUUCAUAAAUGGUUUCGGUCCAUUGAAAAACAGGGCCGCCAGGGGGCGGGGCAGUAUUCCUGAUAUGGAUAUAGAGAAACCUUGUGAACACUCUAGAAGUCAUAAUUUUUGCCCAAUCAUCAUGAAACUUGGUUAAAACGUUGGUUUCAUUGAUAUCUCGGACGAGAUCGAAAAUGGUCCAGAUCGGUGAAAAAACAUGGCUGCCAGGGGGCGGGGCAGUUUUCUCCAUAUGUAUAUAGUGCAAACAUGUGAACACUCUAGAUGUCACAUUUUUUGGUCCAAUCUUCAUGACAUUUGGGCAGAAAUUUGUUUCCUGGAUACGAAGGUUGAGUUCGAAAAUGGUUCGGAUCAGUAAAAAAACAUGGCCGCCAGGGGGGGGGGGGGGUCUUUUUCCUUAUAUUUAUAAAGUAAAAAAGCUUGUGAACACUCUAGAAGUCAUAUUUUUUGCCUAAUCAUCAUGAAAUUUGGUCAAAACAUUGGUUAUGUGGAUAUCUCGUGAGUUUGAAAAUAGUCCUGAACAUUUAAAAAAAAACAUGGCCACCAGGGGGUGGGGCAGUGUUCUCUAUAUGUAUAUAGUGAAAACAUGUGAACAGUCUAUAAGAAACAUUUUUUGCCCACGCUUUAUGAAAUUUGGUCAGAACAUUUGUUUCCUUGAUAUGACGGUUGAGUUAAAAAAUGGUUCGGAUCGGUAAAAAAACAUGGCCGCCAGGGGGGGGGUCUUUUUCCUUAUAAUUGUAUAGUAAAAAAGCUUGUUAACACUCUAGAAGUCACAUUUUUUUGUCCAAUCAUCAUGAAACUUUGUCAAAUAUUGGUUUUAUGGAUAUCUUGUUAUGAAAUCUAGGCCAAGUUCCUUGAUGGUUGUGGUCUGUUGAAAAACAUGGCUUUAAAUGGCUUUAUAGUGUAACCUUGUUUACACUCUACUAUGAAAUUAUCGAUGUACACGUUGAAUGAAAUUUAUGCAUAUUAUGAUAUUCAUGAUCUCCAUGCAGUCAUGUGAAUAUUAAUUCUGCCGUUAAGAUAUACAUUUAAAUUGUCAAUUUUUUUAAAAUUUAUUUUUGUUCCUUUCUGAAGAUGAUUAUUAUGUUUAUGAUUGGUUGGGGAUGAAGUGCAACAAACAUAUUUUUGCCAUCUGAAAACCCUUUAAAUAAUCUCAAAAUUUUAAGUAGUAAUAUUGAUUUCACAGAAAAUUACUAAGGGGAAAAACCACUGUAUAUAACAGUUUAGAGUCAGGGCCCAAAUUCCUGUGCUGGCCACUUUUCACACAUUUUGUUGCAUGUAAUUUAAUGACCACAGACCAAUGAAAUAACCAUUAGCCACAGCAGGUACCUCAUUAUCUCUGACAGUUGCUUAAUGCCUAACCCCUUGUUUACAGCCCUUUGAAUUGAACAGCAUGGAACAGCAAUUGCUAUACAGUGGUAUCAAUAUAGAGAUAAACACAUAAAUACAUCUGUCUGGCAUUUAUUUUCGUAUAAAAAUCAGCAUGCUGACUGCAUACAAAGAACAAAUUACAACAUUGAAGCAAGCUCUUGAAAUAGCAAAAUUUUGUACUUAUAUAUUUCUAAGAAAGGUUUAUACAUUAUAUAUAAAUUUAAUGGUUGUGAUAUUUCAUAUUUCUUAGCUUUAAGUACAAUGAUGCCUGAUUGAACUUACUCAAUAUGGCUAUUAUUUAACUUAUAACUAUCACAAAGUCCCAGUGUAUAUUAUGAAUAUCAAGAAGAAAAAGUAAAGAUAUGUACGUAAGAAUAUCCUUUACAGCUUAGGCAACAACUGUUGUCAAAAUUAAAUUAUAUUGAUCAAUAAAAAAUAGAUUGAAAUAUUCUCCAACUUCACUGUUAAACAUUUAUUGACAAAAAACUAUCGUGUCUACAUGUACACAUAUCAUAUCACAGAUAUACUUUGUUCAAGAAUUAAAGAGAUAGAGAAAAUGUACUUAAUACCAACUAUUUGCGAUACUUAUGAUAUUAAAUGCAGCUUAUAUUUGAGAAUAAAUUUCACAAUUCAAAUGCAUUUUAGUUUUGCAUUGGUUGUAAAUAAAGAGUAGAAGCGUAGAGUAAUUGUUUACAAACAACACGUACAAAUGUGAAUAAUUAACAAAAAUUAACUCUAAAAUGAAGUAUGAAAUUUCAUUUUAAAUCAUAAAUACAGAUUGAUAUACAAAAGUCAUGUAGGCCUACAUGGAUGAUAUGUGAAAUACAGUAUUAUGUGAAAGUCAGAAUAUUCUGGUUAAUUUUAUACACAGAUGUCAUGUAUGAUAUGUGAAAUGCAGUAUUACCGGUACAGUGCCCCAGCUAGGAUUUGAAAAGGGCAGGGGGGCUUUUUUGUCUUAAGUGCACUUUUGACGCGCAAUAUUUUGUGAAAAGGGCACUUUCGAAGCGCAGUAUUUUGUGAAAAGGGCAUGUUCGAGCGCGCGGGUGUUUCUGGAAUGCUUUCUAUUGCAUGUUAAUUUAUAUGUUAUAAAUAAAUAAUUGUAUUAUUCCCAUUAUUAUUAAACCAUUAAAAUAUAAUGUCUACAAUGAGGAUUAAACUAAUAAAAAUGUAAUAAGAGAUUUAUGAAUUAUCAUAUGUAAAUUAAAUAAAAAAUUUUUUUUAUUUUUUUUGAGGGGGGGGGGGGGGGCAGGGCCGAGGCUCGGGAGGGCAUGGCGCGGCGCCCUUCGAUUUAGGCCUAGCUGGAGCACUGCCGGUACUUGAAAAUCAGAGUAUCAUUGUUCUAAAUAACUUUGAAUGCAAAAACAGUGAAAACGUAUUUUAAUAAUAGAGUCUGUACUACCGUCUGUCUGCUCAGCACUCUUCCUCUUUUGAAGAUUUUACACUUAAUAAUCGAACUAUAAAGCGCAAGUUAAGUAUGUACGCCCGUCUGUAUGAAGUAUUUUUAUUAUUUUGAACUCCACCUUCCCAGAAAAGUUUAGUUUCUUUGGGUCUCAGGUGAGCGCCUUAGGGCCCAUGGCCCUCUUGUUUAUAGUUUGAAUACAUUAUUUUGAAAGGAAGAAAAUGAACUUGUUGUUUCAUCAGGAUCCAAACUGUUUGCUACACUGAUGGUAUUCUUUGAAAAAAAUCUAAGAAAAUGCUAAUUUUAGAAAUUCAGCAGACGACAUUUUUUAGCAGACGACAAAUUUCCCAGCAUGCAAAGGGUUAAACUUUUGACUCAGUGAUUGGAAAUGUUGAAAGACUUUUGGUUAAGAGAUGUUAUCUAGUCUAGUCAUUUCUGUUCAACUUCAUAACAAUGGAAUCAUAAGAUUCAGGCGAAAAGUUCUUACUGCCAGUCUGUGGAUACUGUAGUGGCAUCAGACGGCAGAUUAUUUCAAUUAGAUUGGUUUAAUUCAUUGAUAAACUAUGGAGAUUCAUUAUCAUGCUAGACUUUUUGGUUUUGUUUUGUGCUUAUUUAAUAUACAGUAAUAAAGUUGUUAUAGCAAUGGUAGUUAAUAUAACAUAAUAAAUAUAUAUUUGGGCAUUUAUUCAAUUGGUUUUGAAUUCUGAAUACUGUGUUAAAAUUUAAAUGAUUUUCUACCUUUAACAAUACAUGGUGAUAAUGUUGUGACUUUCUUUUUAUUAAGUAAAAUUUUUCUCUACCUCUUAUGGUUCAGUGCAUGUACUAUUUCUCUUAUAUUUAUAUUACGGAAUAAACUUUUCUUCAUGAA